AUGCAUGUGACAAAGAGAUUGAAGCCCAUUUUGGUAAUUUCACUUGCUAAGCAGGCCCACUAUAUAACUCUCACCACCCCUACUCGGAGACUCGCAGAGGUCAACAAUUUCAUCGAAGUUCAGAAUCGGCUGAAGAAAAUGGCGACUCAACAGUUGAUCGCUGAGAACAAAGAAGGCGCCGAGAUCCACCAUGGCGCCGAUAUUUGCAAGCAAAAGUGUCAUGAGCUUCUCGUGGAACUCAACCUUCCCAAAGGUCUUCUCCCACUUAACGACAUAGCCGAGAUGGGCUAUAACAGCAGCACGGGUUUCUUGUGGCUCAAGCAAAGCAAACGUUACGAACACAAGUUCCAAGGCAUCGGACGCACCGUUGCCUACGAGACUGAGUUGACCGCGUUCGCCGAGAACAGGCGGAUGCGCAAAGUCAGCGGAGUGAAAAGCCAACAGCUACUGAUGUGGGUGAAGAUUGCUGAAAUGUCUAUCGAAGAGCCUGGGAAAGUGAAGUUCACUAGUGUAGCUGGUCUUUCCAUGUCGUUCCCGGUCUCUGCGUUCGAGCUGGAAGAGAAGGACCACAAGUAA